UCAUGCAUUACAGGAAGUGGAGGGGCUUCACAGAAACCAAAAGAAAAAUUCUAAUCUAAAUAAAGACAUUGGCUUCAUGACUUCCUCUAUCUUAGAUCGAAGCUCGGCAGCGAUGGUGCGUUACAGUCAUCACCCGUACAGCCGUCAGAACAGUUACCACGAUGCCGACAACAUGGAUCUCUGAGAGCCUUGUUUUCAUUUCUGGCAAAAAUUAAACAUGGCGCUAUCCUAAGGCAAACCAUCAUGGAUCAUAACGCAUCUUUGCCCGUCAUCAUGGAGAGCCACGUCCCCCAAUUCUUUCGGACUGCUAGCCUAGUGUUUUACGGCAUUAUCUUCAUCAUAGGCACAGUGGUCAACCUGACCGCUCUCUGGGUUUUUGCCUUGACCACUAAAAGACGGAACUCCAUCACUGUUUACAUGAUCAAUGUCGCUUUAGUGGACUUGGUAUUUAUCUUACUUCUGCCCUUUCGAAUUGUCUACUACAGUCAAGACUACUGGCCCUUCGGGGACGUGUUCUGCAGGAUUAACGCCGCACUAACGGUGCUCUAUCCCUGCCUAGCCUUGUGGCUCUUCGCUCUCAUUAGCACAGAUCGCUAUGUGGCCAUAGUGCAGCCGCGACACACCAGAGAACUAAAAAGUGUUCGUAAAGCCUUGCUGUCCUGUGCAGGAGUCUGGAUCAUGACCUUAGGCAGCACGGCUCCGCUUGUCCUCCUGGAAGAAGACCCAGACCGUAUCUCAAACUAUACCACUUGCAUCAAAAUGCAUGACAUUAUCUACUUGCGCCGUGACAAUCCCGUCCAUUUCGCACGUAUCGUCUUCUUCUUCCUGGUGCCGGUGUGCAUCAUGGUGGGCUGUUACAUGAUCAUCGUAGAAAACCUAAUCCAUGGCCGCACGUCCAAACUGAAGCCCAAAGUCAAGCAGAAGUCCAUCAGGAUCAUCAUCACACUGAUCAUUCAGGUGCUUGUGUGCUUUGUGCCUUUCCACAUCUGCUUUGUUUCCAUGCUGCUGGCCAGCAGUGAGGAGGGUUACAACACCUGGGGGACCUUCACAACCUUCCUGAUGAAUGCGAGCACAGUGCUGGACAUCAUACUCUUCUACAUUGUGUCCAAGCAGUUUCAGGACCGUGUGAUCAGUGUGAUCUUGUACAGAAACUACCUGAGGAGCGUUCGCAGGAAGAGCCGUCACACCAACAGUAUUCGCUCAAUCAGCAACCUGACCAGUGCCAUGAUCUGAACAAUAACACAGCUGACGAAAACCAUCUAAACUGAAAGUAAACAUGUAGAUGUUUGUAACUAAAUUACAGAACAAGAUUUAAAUUACAGAACAAGAAGAACGAUUAUCAAUGGAAACUCAAUUAUGUUUUCCAAACAGAAACAACCCAUACUGAAUAUUGAAACUGCUCACAGUAACAGUAACUUCUUGUCUACAGUUAAUUCACAUGAGACGAAUCACAUGUGCACCAGUAAACUUCAUUGGUAGUCGCUCCAUUGAAUCAUUGCUCAUUUGCAUAAAGUUCAACUUUUUUUUAGUUUUGCUGCCGGAUAUGCAUCACCACCCAUCGCUAAUUUAUUUGUGCUGCAAAUCGCUGUAUGUGUGAACACACCCUAAGACAAACUGUUUGUUUCGAGUUGUUGUGUUUCAUGUUGCAAGUGUGUCUGUGGUUUUAAAAGAGUUUUAUAUAUAUAUAUACACACACAUAAAUUUGGGAAUGUUGUUGCAUAAUCACGGCAAGGUGUUUGAAUAGUUUCCUUUGCAAAACUUUCUUUGCAAUCUUUGCAAAAUCUGUGCAAAACAUGUUAGUCUCUUGCAAAGCAUGCUUUUUAUCAUACCAAGUAUGAUCUUCAAAAACAGUGAAUGUCUUUGAUGAGGUUACUUCAAAAGGAGUGCAUACUAGGAUAUUUGGUCCUUACAGAAGUGUAAAACGAGAUACUACCUUUCAUUGUGGGAUGUAGUGCACAUUAAAUUUCCCAAAAAGGGAAAAGGUAAUUAAAUUACAUAGCAGCACUUUAUUUUUAACAAUUUAGUUAAUUAUAAUGAAAAAAAAAUGAAAAAAAAAAGUAACGAUUAAUCAAAUAUAUGUGAUUAAAAUAUUAAUUCAAAACAUUCUGCACCAUUUCUUUUAACAAAAGCUGAUCACAAUGAAACCAAACUGAAAUAGGCCUUUGGUAUUAUAUUAAACUUGACCUGUAGUACAGUGGUUCCCAACCACGUUCCUGGAGUAUUCCCAAAACUAUUACAUUUUGCAUGCCUGCUUGAUCAAACACACCUUAUUCAACUCAUCAGCUCAUUAGUAGAGACCUGAAAUGGGUGUGUCAUACAAAGGAGACAUUCAAAAUGUGCAGUGUUGAGGGCACUUCAGGAACGUGGUUGGGAACCACUGCUGUAGUAUAUAAGGCGCCAGCAGGUGGCGCUACUGACCAGGGCACAUUUAUGCUACUCUCACAGUGCUUUGCCUCAAUAUCACCAUCAGGUGGUGUCAUGUAAUAUAAACAAAUUACUUGAAAGUGGCAUUAUAUCUACUUGUAGUUUUAGAUUGUGAUGUUUUCAGUUAAGAUUUUCUCUUUGUGUUUUAUAACUUUCCAUAAAAUAUGUGACUGCUGUCUGAUGGACAGAUUUAUUCUUGAGAAGCUGACAUCCUGUGGUGACACAUGCUAUAUUCCAUCUAAAACUGUUUCUUUUCACAUUCUGUGAUUAUUAUUAUUCAUGUUUGAAGCUUUUGUGACCUUAUAUUAAUUGAGAGACUGUAUGGAAUAUUUGCCAUUUUAAAAUGCAUGUCAUGCAGGACCAUUUGUAAUAAAAAAGUGAAGCCCACCCACCA